AUGCUCGAGAAAUACGGGUUGAAACCCAACGAUGCCAUUCUUGCGGAGGAGAAGCACAUGGGCCUCUACGAGGACCUGAUACAGAACCACGAUGCCAAAUUGAUUGCAGGUGGAGCUGCGCAGAAUACUGCUCGUGGUGCUCAGUACAUUCUCCCGCCAAACUCUGUGCUCUACAUCGGCUGUGUCGGUAAAGACAAAUAUGCUGAAAUCCUCCAAGAAGCCUGCAACAAGGCCGGUCUGCACACUGAGUAUCGUGUCGACGAAACUCAGCCCACUGGUCGCUGCGGUGUCAUAAUCACAGGCCACAACCGAAGUCUCUGCACCCAUCUUGCAGCAUCCAACGAGUACAAGUUGGACCACUUGAAGCAGCCACAUAUCUGGUCUCUGGUCGAGAAGGCCAAGAUAUAUUAUAUUGGCGGUUACCACUUGACCGUGUGCGUGCCAGCCAUCCUGGCAUUAGCUGAAGAGGCCGCUGGGCAGAACAAGAUCUUCCUGCUCUCCCUCUCCGCCCCCUUCAUCUGCCAAUUCUUUAAGGACCAACUCGACAGCGUCAUGCCAUACACAGACUAUGUCCUAGGCAACGAGGCAGAGGCCCUCGCCUACUCCGAAGCCCAUAACUGGGGCCUGACCGACAUCGAACAAAUCGCCAAGAAAAUGGCUACGUUGUCCAAGAAGAACACACAGCGACCUCGAACGAUUAUCAUCACGCAGGGAACUGAUCCUACCAUCGCUGCAGUGGCUGAUGCGACGGGGAAUGUCGAGGUUAAACGGACAUCCGUCCAUGCUAUUGCGAAGGAGGAGAUCAAUGACACUAACGGUGCAGGUGAUGCCUUCGCUGGUGGCUUCUGCGCCGGUAUCGUGGAGGGCAAAUCGCUCGAACAAAGCGUUGACAUGGGCCACUGGCUCGCCAGUCUCAGCAUUAGGGAAUUGGGUCCUUCGUGA